AUGGGCACUGAGCGAUGCGCCAACCAGCCGUGGGGCUCUUUGGCGAGCAACGUUCUCUGUGGCGUGGACAAUCUGGCGGGUCGCGGCAAGGACCCCAAUGUGAACUGGGUGAUCAGUUCUUGUCAAAAUGUCCACGGUGAAACUACAAGCUAUUCUCCCGACAUCACUAUCGCCAUUCCCGGUAUCGUCGUCGACAGCACAAACCACAGAGACACGUCACCGAUUCUUGCAGCGCGACAACUCCUCCUUCUCUACCUUGGGCUCGCCGACACCCCUAGUCUCGCCGCCGCCCGUUUCGCCUCUGGGACCAGAGGACGUGCCGCUGACUCCGCCCCCGCCGCUCAGGGAGAGGAAGAUGCUGGAUACGCGCAGCUCUACCAGCAGCAGCAGGAGGCCAUCGGGGGUUUCCCGACCUCCUAUUCUGACACCGACUCUAAGCAAGCUGGUUCCCCGAUCAGAGACAUUUCCGCGGGGACUAUGUCCGCCGUCCGCGACGCACGGCAUGGUGAACAGUUACGACACAACCCGGCGGAGGGAGUGGUGCUCGACAAGAACGCCCAGGACCUGUGUGAGCUGACGGACGAGUACGCGCGGGAGUCGAGAGACACCAGCUGGGGAAGCUGGAGGGGCGGCGGAGGGCCUGGGCGCGUGGCGAGCGAGCAGCACGUGGGUGGCAGCGUCAUGCGAGAAGCGGAUCUGGAGAGGCUGGGUGGUCGAUAUUAG